AUGGAAUACAAUACAAGAAACUUAGAGGCAGGAGUGGCCGGAGCCGCAGCAGCCAUCAGCAUGACGCAGAGCACGCCGAGUGGAGUUACCGGGAGUCGCAAUCGCUACUACAACCCCGUCUCCAAGAUACAGUCACUUAUCCACAACCUAGACGCCGAGCUGGUGCAGCUGUGCAAGCAGUGCACCGUGCCAAAACCGCUGGGCGGCAACAACAUUAGCAAGAACACCAUCGGUGGCAGCAGCUUUGCCCAUAACUAUGCCUACGGGUCCGGGCCUCUGAGCACAGGUGGGACAAGCAACUUCGAUACCCAUGGCUUCCGUCCCGAAAGCAUCAACAGCAUGCUCUCCCGGGCUCGUUUCACCUGCGCGACGCCCAGGUCCUCGCCCACUUCACCGCUAGCGCCGGAGGCCCACAAGCGCCAGAUGCGGAAUGUCUACCGGACACGUGUGAUCGACGCUUACCGCAACCGUCGCAUCUUCACCGUGUAUGGAAAUUACCACACGGUUCGAAGGGCACUGAUGCGGAGAGGUUGGCUGGAGAAGCUGCCGGCGGGACGCUUCUCUAAGCUGCAGAACAUGUCCGAAGACACCCUGCUGGAGCACGCCCGGCGAGGGAACGAUUACGAGGCGGUGGUCAUCUCCAAGAUGAUAAAUCACUUCCGCUUUUUCAUCUGGCAAAGCAAAGCCCAGCGCGAUCUGUGCGCCGAGGUUCGACCUUUCAGAAAUCGAGUGCGGCGCAGCCAGUUCCUGGACUUUUCCACAAAGGUGGGACUAGUGGGAUGUGCCGAACAGGAGCGCUGGUACCGCGAGGACGGCGUCUGCGGGAUGAGCUAUCCGCGCUUCUACCGCCUGGGCGGAAACAGUCUGGAGGAGCGCAUGGCCUUCAUCGAAGACUACCAGCAGACGCAGGCCCGAUCGCUGCUGCGAUACGUGAAGGAGCACCAGCCUACGGAACUAAUAAGCGAUAGCGGUACGGUGUCCAGUACAACGUUGGACUUUGCGCUCGGGAAGGUAAAGAAAAUGGUGCGUUAUGCAGAGCACCACUCCCUGGACGAUGCCCGAAUAAAGCCGGCGACGCCCGCGGAGAUCGUUGAGAAUCAGACAUUUAUGAUACAGUCCACCGAUGUGCUCAAGUCAAAUGCCAAAUUCAAGAUUGGCGAAAAGGUAAUGACCGAAUAUGCCCGUCUGGCCAAGCUCUACCUGGAUCAGAUCGAGUCGCUGCGGCCGGACUAUCGCUGGGACGGCAGCCGUAAUUUGUGGAUCCUAAAGCCCGGAUACCAGUCGCGGGGUAUUGGAAUUGUCAUACGCAGUUCCCUGGACGACAUCCUGCAGUGGACAUCAAACAAUCAGAACAAAAAGUACAUUGUCCAGAAGUAUAUAGAGCGACCCCUGCUCGUCUACCGAACCAAAUUCGACAUCCGGCAAUACAUGUUGAUCACAAUCUCGGACACAACGGUCAACAUCUGGAUGUAUCGUGACUGCUAUUUGCGCUUCAGCUCACAGGAGUUCACCAUGGACGACCUGCGAGAGUCCAUCCACCUGACCAACAACUCGGUGCAAAAGCGCUACAAGAACAAGACCAACCGGGACUCCAGACUGCCCAAGCACAACAUGUGGUCGCUGGAGCAGUUCAAGGCCCACCUGACCCACAAGGGGGCUCCGGAAGGAACUUGGUCGAAAAUCUACAACGGCUUCAAGCAAAACCUCGUGGCCGUGGUCAUGGCCAGCCUGGACGAGACAGAGCUGGUGCAGAACGCCUUCGAGCUUUACGGUUGUGACUUUAUGCUGGACGAACACUACAAUCCCAUUCUUAUCGAGAUCAACUCGACGCCGGAUCUCUCGCCCUCGACGGAGAUCACGGCUAGGAUCUGCCCGCAGGUGCUGAAGGACUGCAUCCGUGUUGUGGUGGAUCUGCCGAAGAACCCCUCUGCAGGCACCGGUCUCUUCGAGCGAGUAUUCGAAGUCAACUACAGCAUCAACAAAGGUCCCGAUGGCAAGCCCUUGGAGCUCAACGGCAAGCAGAUGACUCUUUUCGAGAACCAGCCCAAGACACGGACUCACCCGCGUUCACGGCUCCUGCGGAAGAUCCUCAACAACGUCAAGCCCACCACGAGCACCAAGCUGGAGAAGGUCAAGGAGCCUCAGGUCAGGACUGUGAAGACAGUCACUGGAAAGGUCCCCAAGAAGAAGAAAACACUAACUCCAGAGGUAGCAAGUUUGGGCUCGGCUUCCACCCAUGCCUCAUCGCAGAACGUGGGACCAAAGGUCAUCCUAAAUUCAACGGCUCGUGAGAAUCUCGCACUCCAAUACACCGCUCCCAAGUGAAGCUCCUUGAACACUUUUUGGAUUUAAAAGUUUGUUUGGGUCAUCGUCAUUGGCCAACACCUUGGAGAUAUGAGUGAAGCCCACGCUCAGAAUCAAUCUUUAAAGAGUAGUAUGUAACCAGAAGUAUAAUACUAAUUCCUAAAUAUAUAUGUGAAGUCUUUUCAAGCCGGCUGCUAAAAACAGUAAUUUCCCGAUCCCAAAGGAAUCUGAAAA